AUGGGUGCGGGACCGCAGGUUUCACCGAAGCUCGCGCCGACUACUCAGCGUAUCGUCUCCUACACGGACAAGUACUUUGCCGGAUGGGUUUCGUACUUCUACGAUGCGGCUCUAGAGACCGCGGGUCUCGAAACAAUGCCCGUGCUCACCGUUCCGGAGAGCAUCGCGUCGGUGACCAUGAUGAGGGCGCGAGAUGCUCGUGAGCACCCAAACGAGACUACUCGUCUUAACGUCAUCUCCCACAAACUCCGAGACCAUACGCAUUUGGCUAUCGUCAUCAUGAUCUGGCGUGACUUCCUCAUCCCCGCCGCUUCGAAUGCCCUCAUGGAGAUGAUCGAUCGGGACUACGAGAAAUUGAGACUCGCUACUAAGGGUGUCAACCCUGACAAUAUGGAAGAUGAGGAAUGGGAGGAGCCAGUGAGCGAUGAUGACAAGGAAGUCCAUGUGGGACAUGGUCUUACAUCCAAAAUCAGACUACAACCGACGUGCUGA